AUGACAGAAGACGAACGUGAGGAAGAAAGGAAAGAGAUUCUCGAACGAUUUGGUCCGAAUGUAGGCGAUAUCCUACACGUGACCCCAAAUGACAUUUAUGUGUACGAAUCUGCACCGCCAUCACCGCGGAAAAAACCGCUUGCGCUCCUCUCGCCCACCGACGAUGACGGGCCCACGAUCUCUUUAGGGGAGUGGAAGAGCAAGACUGGCCCAUCUGUCCGUCGGAGGGAGCCUGAGGCACUCGAGAAGCUGGCGUCGGGGCCAAACAUCACUCCUCUCGACGCGUUGGAGGAGGGCACACCAGAGGACAUCCGCCGGCGAUUUUUCCCGACCGCUCCUGCUCACGAUCCUUCGCUGGCCUGGAUUGAGACCGGGCCCUCGACCUCGGACAUACCGUCUUCCUAUACUCUCCGUUUUGAUCUUACUGGUACUCCGAUCUCGCCGGACGUCUCUUCUUCGUUGCCCACACAUCUCGGUCUACAUCAUCAUGCCGACGGGGAGCAUGCCGGAUACACUUUAAAUGAUGUAUUCCUACUGUCAAGGUCCACCCUGCCGGCUCAGAGAGCAACCAUGCUCGAUGUUCUUGGGCGAAUAGCCCGGAGACUAAGCAAGGGGAGGAGUGACGCGGCGCAGAAUAUCAAGGAGCUGGUAGGCCGGGAGGCCGAGAUUCGGAAGCGAAUUAUGGCCGCUGGCGUGGAGGCUAUGGCAGAGCGCGGAAGCGUUGGUGCAAGGGCCGUGGAGGUCAUGUGGGAAUGCAUUGUAAGCUGGGAUGAAGACAUCGUGGACAUCGAAGGUGUGGAACUUCAAAGCGCUCCCAAGGACGAUUCGUCCCCCUCGAAUGCGUCGACUCCCCCCGCAGAUGUGUUGUCAACGUUGCCGCUGGACUACGUGCUUCCACAAAUCGCGAGUGCACUUGCGACGGCUGCACUGCCAGCAGAGUCUCUAUCUCAGCUUCUCGCCAUACUGCAUCGUCUCGCCCAACAUUCCAAUCGUAUUGCGGGGAUGAUCGUCACAACAGAUGGACUCGUGCGCGGUAUAAUCCAGACAUUUCUGCUCACGCCCAUUCGACCCACCGAGCAAUCGAGACUACCAGAUCCCUUCGCGCUGCGAGUAUUGGCCACGCUGGCACUCGCGUCGCGCGAUAAUGCUUCCACGCUACUUGGCCCAGCGGACGCCCUACUUCGCUUCGUGAUAACCACGCCCCCCACGUCGUCCUUCUCCCCGCCGCUCGCGAGCGCGCUACUCGCGGGCACCCUCCGCGUCUAUGCCGCACUGGCGUCGUAUGGUCUGUAUGCACACAUCGCGACAACCGCGGCGGAGCAUCUUGCGCAGGUAGGGCGGUUCGUGUUUUCAGAGGCGUGUCAGUCACGACAGCUGAGGGGGGCAUGGCUCGGCGUGCUGGAGACAUGGAUGGUGUGUGCGCGGGACCCGCAUCGUACAACGCCGAGCCACGAGAUCUUGUGGAGCCAAGUUGUCUCCUGGGGAUGGGGCGUGGAUGUGCUCGAGAUGAGAGUACGGUUAACCGAGCAGGACGACCGACUAUGGGCUUCCAUGUGGAGUACGGAGGCGGCGUGGCUCGAGGGUGCGAAGGUGAAUGGCGUCCGUGGGGGUGAAAGCGAGAGGGAGUCAGCGAUCGAGGCGCUUCGAGAUGGAUUCCGGGAUGGCCCCGAGAUGCGGGUCGUCCAGCGAGCAGGGCAAUCGCUGAGCCUUACGCUGGGCCGAUUGGGAUGUAACGCUCUACGAACAGAAGACGUCCCUCUGUUGCAAGAGCUCGCGCGGCAUUUGCGAACGCUGGCCGCUGCUUUACGUCUAUGGUUGUCCUGUCUUGCACCCCAGCUUGCAGGACCACCCGAAAUCCCUCCUUUUAUCCUCCCAUUUGCCGAACUCUCUGAGCUGUGCGCUUCGCUGACGACGCACCCCAUUUGGACAACCCUCUUCUCCGCGAGUGCGCCAUCAUAUGCACACGUCUUCUUUAGGCCGAUAUCUCUCCUGCUCUCAUACUACGUGCAGCUGUCACGUCGCCUGCCCGAUACACAUGAUGACCUGUGGAUGGGCCAAGCGUUCUCAAUUCUGAAAAGACUUUUACCGGGCGACGAGGAAGCUGCUCGUGCCAUGCUGGACCAUGUUGUGGAUCUUGUCACUCCAGAUUUCAUGAGUUCACGCGGUUGGGGUGUUCCUCCGAUAAUUGGGGAGAAAGGCGGACUGAAGGUCCUGAAGCCUUUUUUCGUGUUCUCCUUGCAAGCGAGAGAGGAUCUCUGCAUCGGCCCUACUGUGCCGUCCCCUGCCUCUCUGUCAUCAAGCACCACUCAGCGGCUCCCGCCAUUACACUUCUUCCGCCCUGGCGCUCGCCAUGGACACCCAUUGCCUCUCUUCAGAGACUGGAUGUUCAUCCCGCUGGACCAUCUCUUGCGAUCAGGUGAAUCGGACGUCUUCAAACACAUGCCGUCAUGGUGGGACGCUUCGGAGACCGAAGUAGUGCGUGCGACUCUGUUAUUCGCCAAACUACACAAGCAGAUCCUUCUCCGGCAUGCGUUGGAUGCAUUCGGAUUAUCGCGAGAAGAGACCUCCUUCGCUUGUAUGAAAGUCUUCAUGCUCGAGCAUGGGCAGCAACAAAGUAACUCAGUCGAAGAAGUAUUCCGAGACACUGUUGUCAACCAGUUGAUGGACGAACUGGUUGCGCCUUUUGCCGCUGCCGCAUCGUCGACAUCCCUCUUAGCGCCGCCAUUGGAGAGCACGUCACAGAACUUAGAGAUUGUCGCUGCUCGUUUCCUUGGAGCAUCAACACCAUUCUAUCAGUUCUAUACCGACUUUGUCGGCCUAUACGACGCCAUCUCGUUUGCGCACCCACUCUUUGGACGCUUGCUCUUGCCGCCCUUGUCGAUGCGCUAUCCGCUGGACUACCGCAAGUAUCUGUGGGCUGAUUACUCACAUAUACUGAAGACCGUGCGCACGCCGAUUGAGGACGUCAUCACGGAGAACGUGGCUGAAUUCCUUUGGCCUGUGGAGACCGAUCCUCAAGUGAUUGGCUCCUAUCUCCGCGCGCUGGCAACGGGUACGCUGGUCGGUUUCCUCCGCUUCGUGGCCGUACACCAUAUUGCAUGCAAUAUAUGGCCGGACUUACGAGAUGAUGGCGCAGAGAAGGCGAAUAAACUUCUCCAAGCCUUCGUGGACCAGGCUGGAUUCGACGCUGUGCGGGAAGUGGUUCUAUAUCAGCAAGUUCAGCAGGGUAACAUCCUCGUUCCUCCACAUUGUUAUGAUCAGAUAGGAGAGUGGAAGACAAUGCGACUGCAGUUCAUAGAACGAUUGGGGGAAGAACGGCAUAAAGAGCGAUUGGGGAGUCUGCUGAAGUCUGUUUGA